AUGGUUGCUGGAGGGGAAAGGGAGGAGGAGGAGGGGGGUCUGUUUGCGUGGGAUCAGGCAAGGGCUCGCCUAUAUGACGAGGGCCACUCGCAAGUUUCCUGUAUGGUAAAGCUCGAGCCCUGCCGGGAGACGCAGGAGCAGGCAGAGCGGGAGACUCUUACCUCCUAUUUGACAGGCAGCCAGACGGACGGCAGGACGGAUACACGGGUGGGGGCUGUGCUAGGCGGCUCGGCGGCAGGCUGGUGGAAGAUGUCGUCCGGAGCCGGCGGGAGGGGAGGAAGGCGGCUCAGAGGGACGACAGCCAGCGGAGGCCGAGGAGUUGCCGGAGAGGCCGAAGAGGGGCCCGUGGGCAUCCCCUUCCCCGAGCACAGCGCAGACAUCCUGGGUAGCCUCAACAAGCAGCGGCUGAGCGGCCUCCUGUGUGACGUCCUACUGGUCACGCAGGACCGGGAGUUCCCGGCGCACCGCUCCGUCCUGGCGUCCUGCAGUUCCUACUUCCACAAGCUGUUCACAUCGGGAGCGGCCGCCGACCAACGCAAUGUCUACAACAUCGACUUUGUGGCAGCGGAGGCCCUCGGAGCACUGCUGGACUUUGCCUACACGGCCACGUUGACAGUCAGCCACACGAGCGUGGCCGAUAUACUCGCGGCCGCACGCCUCCUAGAGAUCCCACCCGUUCAGGACGUCUGUACACACCUGCUGGACACCAAAGUGCUCUCCCCGCCGGCGGGCAGUGAGCAAAGAAACGAGGACGAAGAGAAGGGUAGAGGAGGAAGCGAACGCGGAAACCAGGUGCUUGCCCGGGAGUUCCUCGAGUACUUCCAGAAAGGAGCGCACUGGAGCAGCAGCUGCAGCACGCCAGAGCUCAGGGACCUGCCCACACACCUGCACUUUAACCACGGCAACGGCGGGACCCCCAGCAACGGCACUCCUGGACAACCCGGUGAGUACUACUCCCCGCUGGCCCUCGCUUUGGCCCAGGCCCCCGUCCACGAACCCGAAGAGGAAGACGAGGAGGAAGAGGACGAAGAGGACGGGCAAGCGGUGCAGGGCAACGGAAUAAGCAUGGGGUCAUAUUACUACCCUCCUUCCCACAACGGGCACUUCUACCUCCCUCCUGAGGCUCGGCCGGGCCACGAGGCGCCAGAGACGGAAGACGGCGCCCUGCAGCUGACUGCCAGGGAGAGGGGUUCAGCCAGCGCCCUUUUGCAGCAUAUGAUGGAUGCCAUCGAGAGGGACAAGCAGCGUGGGGCGGCCGGGGAGGAUCCGGGCGAUGGGGAGGACCACGAUAUGGAAUUUUACUACAAUUACUUUAACAGCAGUCAGCUGGAGGACACACCUUCCGCCGCCGUGACGCCUAACGUGCCGCCACUGUGGUUGUCGCGGGGCGCCACCGGCCACGACAGAGUCGGUGGAGGAGAGAGGGGAGUCGGCGAGAGGGGUGGCGGAGGGGAAAGGAAGAUGCGCUCCAAGGCCUUUCAGAAGUGCCCCAUAUGCUCCAAGGUCAUUCAAGGAGCAGGCAAGCUACCCCGCCACAUCCGAACACAUACGGGGGAGAAACCCUAUGAGUGCGCCAUCUGCAAAGUACGCUUUACCAGGCAGGACAAGCUCAAGGUUCACAUGCGGAAGCAUACAGGAGAGAAGCCUUACCUUUGUACGCAAUGUGGCGCCGCCUUCGCGCACAAUUACGACCUGAAGAACCACAUGCGCGUUCACACAGGCCUACGCCCCUACCAGUGCUCCAGCUGCUUUAAGACUUUCGUCCGCUCGGAUCACCUGCACCGCCACCUCAAGAAGGACGGCUGUAACGGUAUUCCGUCUCGCCGGGGCCGGAAGCCUCGGGUGCGAGAACCCGGGCUCCCGGAUACCCCUAUGGGCCUGCUGAGCCCUGGCUCAGACGCUGGCCUGGAGCCUCACAUCAUCAAGGGACGGCCGCUCUCAGAAGCUCUCAAGUCUGAGAUGGAGGGGACCCACGCACAUAGCCCGCAGUUUGCUGGGGGGGCUGGACCCUGA